ACCUCCACCAUCAUCGCAUACUGCCAUCAUCAACAGACAUCAGAUUCACAUCACUAUAAUCAUCUUCAACAUGCUCUCACCGUUGCGCGCGCACAAAAUCCUCACGCGACACCGACUCAGUUCGCGAUUUACUGCAUUAUUAUAAGGACCUGCAGUGUCUGGCUUAGAUAUGAAAGCAAGCGUUUCAUAUCAGUAUGGCCAUGGAGAGAGGAGAAGCAUACAUGUUUUUGAAAAUUCAAGGGAUUUGAUCAGUUUGUAAUGUUUUCGGAGACCACGCGCAACUGACCGACAGACGCUAUUGAUGAUUGAUAAGAGCGGGGUCGGGUGGCCAUGGACCCCUUCAGCCAGCUGAUCUUGCUCAUCUCCGUGGUGAGCUUUUGCAUCUUCCAGUGGCUCUUUCACAGCGUGAGUCCAUGGGCAUCAUCCAGAAUCAGCCCCGGCUUCCUCAAACUCACCCACAAACAGAAGAUCGAGUGGAACUCAAGGACCGUGUCCACACUCCACGCCCUGCUGGUUGGCCUCUUCUGCCUCUAUAUCUUGUUCUUCGAUGAGGCUGUCAAUCAAGACCCCGUAUGGGGAGAUCCAACUCUGGUGAAGAUAAAUGUCAGCAUUACUACAGGCUACCUCAUAUCUGAUCUGCUGCUUAUAUUUUACUAUUGGCGAGCGAUUGGAGACAAGUUUUUUGUAAUCCACCACCUGGCAGCAUUGUAUGCUUACUACUAUGUAUUGGGUCAAGGAAUGUUGCCUUAUUUUGCUAACUUUCGUCUGCUGGCAGAGUUUUCCACGCCGUGUGUAAACCAGCGCUGGUUCUUUGAAGUGUUAGGUUACCCCAAAAUCUCCAAGCCCAACAUGGCUAAUGGGGUACUGAUGGCGGUCGUGUUUUUCCUGGUCCGGAUCGCCGUUAUGCCAGUGUACUACAGCCGGAUGUGCUCCGUGUACGGCACCGAUGCCUUCUACAACGUCUCCUUCGGUGGCCGCAGCGCUUGGAUCUUCUCCAGCAUCUGUCUGGACAUCAUGAACGUCAUGUGGAUGCAUAAAAUCGCUCGUGGCUGCAUCAAAGUCCUGCGCUCCAGUCGGAAGUCCAAACCCGAGAUCCAGGAGAAUGGGAAAACCGAUUGAACCCAAAGGAAAUAGCAUUUGAAACAUACACCACUUGAUCGCGUACAGGGUUUUCGUUGAUCUUCGGAGGCAGACAACGAGUGUUGUGAAUAGGUGGAACAAGCCUAAGUGACCCGAAGAUGAAAAAAUCACCCCAAAGCAAUAUAUUUUUCGAUGCGUGUGGCAAACACUUUUACAGAUAUUGGACAUUAAACCAAAAUGUUAGUUUGAGAUCUCCUUCGCCAAUCAAGACUCCGCCCAAUCGAGCACUCCUGUGCUUGUUGAUAUUGUACAACGAAGAGAUUGUGAACUGUUCAAAGCUAAAGCGACUGAACUGUAUUUUAACCGUGUUUGUUUUUUGCCUGACUUUUAUUCUACAGAGGCUCACGUUAGUUUUUAAUUUCAAACUGUGGGCGGGUAAACCACGUUAUUUAUUCAUUAAAACGCAGUCAUUCUCUUUGAAUCACUGUACUGUGCCAAGCGGUCAGUGAAUCACCCAAUGUUUUCAUUCACUUUAAACCCAUUGUGCAUUAACUAAAAGAUUCAUUUGUACAACUACACUAAACAAGAAAAACUGGAAAACCAACAAGAAAGACAUCAGAAGACCAACUGUACAAACAGACAGUGAUUCUUUUGGUAGUUCGACCAUCACAUUGUACUUGUACUACCGGUUAUCCAGAGAAAAUUAUGGAUCUUCAAGAUCUGACUGUUUAUUAAUAGAGGAAAUUUGGGUUAAACAGCCAAACUAUUUUUCCACAUGUGUGAGAUAUGCACAGUAAUGUCAAACUCCUCUCGCGUCAUCUUAAGAAUGAAAUCAGUUUACACCGCACCAGAUUCGGGUCGGAUUUUGUUUUGUUACAAUAAAACAGACUCCAGUACGUUCGCACUGUACAAUUUAUUGCAUGCGGCAAUGUUGUCCUCGGGAAUGUUUGCAUUGUACAUAGAAAUUGUAUCGGACAAAUAAUGAUUAUUUUAAUUACAUUGUUAUACAGUACUGAAACUAUCGGUUAUGGUUUGGAAAACGUUUUUAAAGAAUAAAGAGAGCUUAAGUUACCCAAGUCAAUUUGACUUGUGAAUGUUUAAUCUUGAGAUGUUUUCCUGCACCGUAACUAAUUUAUUGAACCAGUUUUACACUGGGAGAGCAUGGCAAGUAAUACAUAUUUAUUUUUUUUUAAUUGAAAGAUAUAAACGUGUCAAUGUAUCUUCUGAGUAGAUAUGCAUCAUAUGAGAGAUUUACAAUAUACAACACAGAAAUGCUUUUAUGAAUUCAUUUUAAAAUUCAUUCGCACCUUGUUUGAAUAUCACUGUAAAAAAAUGCAGCAUGAAGUUUAAACAACUUUGUUUUUCAAGUCAAUUCAACCUACUAUUUGAAGUUUUGGCUUGUAAAAAUUUGAAAUAACUUAUAAAAUCAAGUUAAAAUUGUUUUCCUUCAUUUUUUAAGUUAAAAUAACAUAACAUAUGUUGAUUUGACCAAAAUGCUGCAUAUUUUUACAGUCUAUGUAUUUUAUGUGGAAAAUUCAUACCUAGACACACAUAUUCAGUCACAGUAUAGAUCUGAGAAAAUGCUGGGUUUUGUUAAACAAAUGGUGAUGGUUUUCCAGACAGGAUUUCAGGACUAAGUCUUACUUAUUUUAGGACAUUUAAGUAGUUUUUACAAGCAAACCUUACAAAAAACUAUACUGGUGUGCAUCUUGAGACAAAAUAAUGCUAUUGAUAUAUGUUAAAAUAUGUCCGUGCAAGGCGUAAAGAAGCUCAAACAUGCAUUUUAGUCUGGGACUAAAAUGAGCCCUGUCUGGGAAACCUCCCCAUGAAGACUGAAUGUGGAAAAAUUUUAAAGUCAUUCUGUUUUUUUAACCAAGUACUUGAAAUUAAUUUUUUAGAGACAGAUCUAUAUGAAGUUGUCUUGGACUGCCACAAGUUAAGUGGUACAGAUAAAAGUCCUGGUUAUGUUUGCCUUUGAAGUCAAUCAUACAAAACGCCUUUUUUAAUAAACAUUUUAUUUACUCAUGUGACUUUUGUACCACAUGCUUCAUUUGCAUAUUCAUGUAAAGGGAUGUACUGCCUCACUACUUUUAUUUUUUUUAUUUUUGUCUGUGCCAAUUUUGCAACCAAAGGUCAGAAAAAUGAUUGUUUGAAAGUUUGUUUGGUAGUAACUAAAUGGUAAUACACCAACAAGGCAGGUAAAUACAAACAAGCAUUUUAACUUUAAUCACUGAAAGUGUGAAGCAAGCAAAGGAUAAGAAAAGGAUAAAAAGUUUUUACAAGCUCCUCUGUAAGGUCAGCACUGAAAUAUACAUUGUUAAAGUUUUAUCUAAGGAUACAAAUGUGGUUCAGUCAUUUUUUAUUUUUCUAAACCCCUGUUACAAUACACAAAGGUACAAAAGGUGUCACUUGGACGUACCAAAAGGUCCUAAUAUGUACUAUUUAGGGAAAGAUGUGUACCUUUUGAGGUACUAAUAUUAACUCAUAUUUACAUUUUGGUUAUAUUACUGAGCGUGUAACAAUUUGAAUUCAUCUGGCUGGAGUUUAGAAAAAGUAUAUUUUAAAAUAUCAGUUAUGCACAAUCUUUUAAUUGUGUAACUUUGGAGUAUUUGGUGUAUGAAAAGUUAGAGAGAGAGAGAGAGUACCACAACAUUAAAAUACAUUAUGUUGUCAUUCAUGCCAUGUAUGUUUACAUUUGCCAGGGUAAUAAAAGGGAUAAUGCCGUGUGCUGAAGGAAAGUACAUGUGUCUGGCGAAUGACAGCACAGUUUAUUAUUAAGCAUUUGUUUAUUUUUUCACUAGUCUGUUAAUUUUUCACUUACAUUUGCCUCAAUAAAGCAAUAUGUUCAUUUUCA